AUUUGGGCGGAGCCCUCUCUCAGUCUGUCGGCCGACUUCCUGCUUGGGGCCUGAGCAGCCACACUCCAGGCAAGCUGGGCUGACCGAGGGUCUCAGAGGCCAGGUUUUGAGGCCCAGGGAGCGCCUAGGGUGGGAAGAUGGCAGACGGGGGCAGCGACCUGAGCACCGGGAGGCUGAAUGAAUGUAUUUCACCACUAGCAAUUGAGAUGAACCAUCUUCCUACAAACAGCCACAGUUUGCAAAGGGUGUUCACAGAAGACCAGGACGUAGAUGAGGGGCUUCUCUAUGACACUCUAUUCAAGCACUUCAAAAGAUAUAAGGUGGAGAUUUCAAAUGCAAUAAAAAAGACAUUUCCAUUCCUUGAGGGCCUCCAUGAUCGUGAACUCAUCACAGAUAAAAUGUUUGAAGAUUCUCAAGAUUCUUGUAGAAACCUAGUCCCUGUACAAAGAGUGGUGUACAACGUCCUCAGUGAACUGGAGAAGACAUUUAACCUUCCAGUUCUGGAUGCACUAUUCAGUGAUGUCAACUUGCAGGAAUACCCCGAUUUAAUUCACAUUUAUAAAAGCUUCGAAAAUGUGAUCCAAGACAAAUUGCGUUUACAUGAAAGUGAGGGAGAAGAGAGGGAGGAGAGGCCUGGCAUCCAACUUAGUCUUGAACAAGGAACUGGUGAAAACUCUUUUCGAAGCCUGACCUGGACACGUUCGGGUUCCCCGUCUCAUGAUGGUACAACCCCACCUGAAAACGGACUCUCAGAGCAUCCCUGUGAAACAGAACAGAUACAUGCAAAGAGAAAAGAUACAACCAGUGACAAAAAUGAUGCAGUAGGAAGCCAACAAACAAAUAAACAAUAUGCCCAAAAGGCUGAGCCGGCAGAGUCCUGCGAACAAGCCACUGUCCAAGUAAAUAAUGGAGAUGCUGGAAGGGAGACGCCCAGCCGAUUGCCCUGUGAUGAAGAAAGGUCAGAGCUACACAACCACGGAGUCCAAAUUAAUUCCUGUUCUGUGCGACUGGUGGAUAUAAAGAAGGAAAAGCCGUUUUUUAAUUCAAAAGUUGAGCGCCAAGCCAAAGCAAGGACCAAUCAUAACCAGGUGUCUGACAUAAUAGUCAUCAGCAGUGAGGACUCUGAAGGAUCCAGUGAUGUUGAUGAGCCCGUAGAAGUCUGCAGCUCAGCACCGAGACGUGACCCUGUGGUCAAUAAUGAAAACCCUUUAGAAUUAAGAGAGGAAGAGGAGGACCAAGAAGCCACUUGUUCACGACCUCGGAUUGUAUCAGAGCACAGGGAUUGCAGAAAAUCGCCUAUAUUCAGAGAAAGCUUUAGGAAAAGAGUGAUAGGACAAGACCAUGACUCUUCAGAAUCCAGUGAGGAGGAGGCAACUCCAGAAGUCUUAAGCUGGGCACUGCACGGCAAGAAGGAUCCUAUGACUUCUGGAAGUACAUCUACUUGGAGAAUACACAACAGAAAGAGACGUCUCAGCAAUACUCACUUUUCAGAGCUGAGUGAUGGAGAAGAGCCUCAGGAAACCUGCAGCUCACCCCUAAGAAGUGAGUCAGGUGUGCCAAGAAGCCAAGAAGCAAGGCCUGAAAGUAGCCAAGCAUCUGGCAUGAUGGAUACCAUGGAUGUUGAAAACAAUUCUACUUUGGAAAAACACAGUGGGAAAAGAAGAAAAAAGAGAAGACACAUGUUUAAAGCAAACAGUCUCCAAAAAGGGAGAAAAAGAGGCAGACCGAGAAAACACUUAACUUGGGAAAACAAAGUCCUACAGACAAGACGGCAGCCAAAAGGAAGAAAAACCAACACUACACCUUUGAAAAGAAGAAGAAGAAGAGCUCCAAGAAUUCCCAGAGAUAAAAAUAUUGAUUUUGAACAACCUGAACUUCCUGUGACCUGUGGUGAGCUGAAGGGCACUCUACAUAAGGAGCGAUUCAAACAAGGAACCUCAAAGAAAUGUAUACAGAUUGAGAAUAAAAAGUGGUUAACUCCCAGGGAAUUUGAAAAGAAAGGAGGCCGAGGAGCAUCCAAGAAUUGGAAGCUAAGCAUACGCUGUGGCGGAUACACCCUGAAAUCCCUGAUGGAGAAACGACAUCUGCCAGUACCACCAACCACAAGAAAAAAGAUUCUAUAUUUAAGAAAUAAAUACAAAGUAAAAGUUCCCCUACAAACAUCUUUAGCGUUCAAGAAUUGGAAGCUAAGCAUACGCUGUGGUGGAUACACCCUGAAAUCCCUGAUGGAGAAACAACGUCUGCCAGAACCACCAACCACAAGAAAAAAGCAGAGCAUACUGAAGCCUCACAACAAUACGUUAGUUGACCCUUAUCGUGCUCAGUCUCAGUUGGAGUGUGUUGCUGUGUGUGAUGAGCAAAGAAUACCAGAUGCAUCACCAGAUACAAGCCAGCCGGAAAAUUCAAAUAUUUGUAAGGUGUGCAACAAAGGGGGAACGCUGUUUUGCUGUGACACUUGCCCACGAUCCUUUCAUGAACGCUGCCACAUCCCGCCUGUGGAAGCUAAGAAGGACCCGUGGAGUUGCAUCUUCUGCAGGAUAAAGGCUAUUCAGGAAAGAUGCCCAGAAAGCCAACCAUGUCAUCAGGAAUCUGAAGUCCUGAUGAGGGAGAUGCUGCCCAAGGAGCAGUUGAACAGAGAGGGGUCUCGGGGCCCACAGAAGCCCAUGUGGUUAAACAAAGUCAAGAGAAGACUGAAUGAGCAGGUGUACUCCCGAGUGGAGGAGUUUGUGCAGGAUAUGCGUCUCAUCUUUCAUAACCACAAGGAAUUUUACAGCGAAGAUAAAUUCAUCACACUGGGAAUUCAAGUACAGAACACCUUUGAGAAGAAUUUCAAAAACAUUUUUGCAAUUCAGGAAACAAGCAAGAACAUUAUAAUGUUCAUUUAGCUCAUUCUUAUCUCAUUUCUUCAGACCCUCCUGCAGCUAGCUACGCAAUGUGCUUGUGGUCCUACUAAACGGACUACUCCUAUGGAAACUCCACAUUACACUUCUUCUCCAAAGUUUCUCAUUGCCAUUUUAAAACAGUCUCAUCAGCUUUUAAUAAAAUUCAACACCCCUUCAUGUUAAAAAUUGUCAAUAAGCUAGGUAUUGGGGGAACAAAUAAUAAGAGCAUUUACGACAAACCCACAGCCAACGUUAUAUGAAUGGACAAAAGACAGAAGAGUUCCCCUUGAAAACAGACACAAGAUGAGUAUUCCCUCUCUCACUGCUCCUAGUCAACGUUGUAUUGGAAGUCUUAGAGCAGUCAGGAAGCAGAAAGAAAUAAAGACAUCCAAACAGGCAAAGA